CAAAUUGACAAGCAUGAGGCGCAUACUCAGUACGAAUUUAUUCAGGUAUAUCACUUUAUUUGGGAGAAAUCUUCCGUCCCGUGUCUCUCUGACAGUGGGUCAGCAAAGCGUUUUUGCACCGCAUUUCUGCAGGAAAUCGACGACUGACAGCACAAGCAUGGACCUGAGUGACAUGAGGAAGAAAUACAAAGGAGACGAGGAGUGCUUUGAAGAGAGUCAGCUUGUGUCUCUGGACCCAAUCAAGCAAUUUGGAAACUGGUUUGAUCAAGCCACAAAGUGCCCUGAAAUCGGAGAGGCCAACGCCAUGUGCAUCGCCACUGCCACCAAGGACGGACGCCCGUCUGCUCGUAUGGUUCUCCUGAAAGGCUACAGCAACGACGGUUUCCGCUUCUUUACAAACUAUGAGAGCAGAAAGGGUUCAGAGCUGGAGAGCAAUCCAUAUGCAUGCCUGGUCUUCUACUGGGAGCCCCUAAACAGACAGAUUCGCAUUGAGGGCAAUGUGGAGCGGAUCCCCUACCAGACCUCCUGUGAAUACUUCCACUCCCGGCCAAAGAGCAGCCAGAUCGGGGCUGUUGUGAGUCGACAGAGCACUCCUGUUCCCAACAGAGAUUAUCUCAGGGAGAAAAAUGCAGAACUGGAGGAGAAGUACAAGGACACAGACGUGCCUAUGCCCGGCUACUGGGGCGGCUACAUGGUCAGGCCUUACAUGAUGGAGUUCUGGCAGGGUCAGACCAACAGACUUCACGACCGCAUCGUCUUCACCAAACCCAAGGACGGAGAGUCUGAGCUGGGAGAGUUCCAGCACGCCGCAGAGGGAGGCUGGGUGUACCAGCGACUGUCUCCAUGAGAGGUACCUGAGCAGACUGUCGCAUACAGGGAAGAACAGAAACCUCAUCUAGAAUCUGACUCUAUCAUCACCAUCUUUACCUCACUUCAAGUAAUUGCUCAUCUGUACAGUAGGUACUGACAGAAACCAUUUGAUGCUGAUUAAAUAGGUGCUGCUGCUGCGUUUAGGAUUUAUCAACAAGCCAAAAGUCACUGUGUCGUCCUUGAACUUAAACCAUGUGAUGUUCUUUAUGUCGGGUCACAUUCUAAGUGGAUAAGAGCGGUGUGAUGUAACCUUACUGUGCCAACUUCACAUUUCCAUGCAUUAGGAAAUGAAAAUGUGCUGAACGGAAAGUGCACUGACUGACACAGGAGAGCAAACUCCACGUGGUUUUGUUAAAUAAUGACUGACCGUAAUGUUGGUUAUUCAACAGUAGCUGUUGUCGACCUUUAGGACCAGGAAGCGUUCUCAUUUUUCUAAAAGCACAAUCUGCACCACUGACUCUUCAGUUAUCCUUCAUCACUGUUAACUGUUGGUCCAUUUUCAGUGUUGAAAUAAUUGGCAACACUUCAUUUUACAGGUUUGUAAUUUCCUAAUAAUCUCCAAGAAAGAUUACAAGAAGUAGAGUUUGUAAUUUUGUACUAUUUAUAGGUAAAUGGAGAGUUUAGAAGCAGUUUCCUUUAAAAGAAUUGAUCCAUUUAAACCAAAACAUAGUGUAUUUUCAUUCUUGGAAACUGUAUUCUACAUUUUUGCAUGUUCAUCUGACCUUCUGAGCUCUUACAGAGGAUUAUCAAGGUUAUAUUAGCACUUAAUUGGAGGUGAAAUGAACAAUUAUAAAUUGUACAAAAUGUUAGUAAUUUCUAGGAACCUUCCUAUGAAUAUUAUUUAAUUUCUUGGAUAUUAAAGGAGAAUAUUUGACCCAUACAGUAAGGUGUUUCCAGAUAAUUCAUGUAGGCUUUACAGUUGACUUCAAUUAACUAUGAACUGAUUGUAACAGUCUUUGACAAUUGAUCCAACUGCCUUUUAAUAAUGAGAUUAAAAGAGCUGAUGAUGUUUUUUGUGCCAAUUAUCUUGUGUACGUCUUGUGUGAUCUGAAGGUGUGAUUGUUGUUUGUUGUUUACUGAAAUGUUUGUUUUUUUUGACUUGAAUUAACUGUGGAAUAAAUAAAGUUUAAUUUGUAA